UACUGCGUUGAAACAUGGCUGCUUCUGCAGUCAGCAAAAACAGCCAAUGCGACAUGCAGAAAUGCCGCGAGCAGCCGCCCUUACAGGACAGAGAGGUAAUAAAACCCUCAAUUUCGGAGCUCACCAAAGAAGUGCGAACCAACAUACUGUGUACAGUUGUAGGAUGUGGGAAGAUUCUGCCAAACACUCCAGCACUUAACAUGCAUCUGGUCAAGUCCCACAGAAUCAAGGAGGGUCUGGUCAAUCCUACCAUCAGGAAAGACAUAAAGGAGUCACAGAAGCUCUACUGUUGUCCAGUAGAAGGCUGCCCAAGAGGACCAAACAGACCAUUUUCUCAGUUUUCACUCGUUAAACAGCACUUUAUGAAGAUGCAUGCAGAGAAGAAGCACAAGUGUUUGAAAUGCAGUAACGGCUACAGCACAGAAUGGGAUCUGCGGAGACAUUCUGAGGAUUGUGGGAGGACAUACAGCUGUACAUGUGGUUGUCCUUAUGCCAGUAGAGCAGCACUGCUAUCUCAUAUCUACAGAACAGGCCACGAGGUUCCUAAGGAGCACAGGUAUCCACCUGUGAAAAAGAGGAAAAUGGAGAGAUUGGCAAGCAAUGCAACAAACGUUUUUCCCAAUGAACAAACAUAUGAAGUGCUUGACUCUAAGAAAAGCCUCACCGAGGGAGCAGUCCCUGCAGAGGGGGUCCCUGAAGUCCCAGACACAGCACAACACAAAGUUCAUUACCCAAAAAAUAUCCAGAAGCUCCUGCUUCCCAAGCCGAAAGUGGCUUUAGUCAACGUUCCUGUAAUGCAGCUCACACACCUCCCUGUCCUCCUUCCCUCCACGGAAAACAAUGUUUUGAGAUCACUGGUCUUAGCUGUAGGUGUGCAAGGGUCCGUUAGCACCGUGCAACUUUUACCAACGUCAGCUGGGGCGAUGGUGCCUGAUCUGAACACUAAAACGGCAAGUUUCAGAGACACUUUGCCUGUACCUAGAUCUGGCCCAGAAACCAUUAGCACAGGAAUACAGGUCAAUCUUGAGAAUUUUGCCUUUGUUGAAGACCAAGUGGGGCUGGAUCUUGUAUCCAGAGGCAAAGCCACUUCUACAAACAUUCAAACGGAUGUAUCGUACCUCAGCCGGGGGUUGGAAGAUGAACUGGUUGACUCUCACCUCAGUUCUGAGACCUCUGUGUCGUCUUGUUCUCAGACAGACAUUAGUUUGAGCGCUCAAAUUAAGUUACCUGUCAGUGUGGAAACCCAGACAUUACCAUCACGAAUCAGAGCCCUGUCCUCCAUCGGAGCACAGACCGAUGUUUUUAGUUUCUCUUCCUUGAACGUGACCCGAGAAACACAGACAAGCUCAGACUCAGCAGUAGCACCGGUGGAUAAAAGCCAGAUGGACCAAGCUAUGUGUACAGACCUUUUUGAUCCUGAAACACUUACUGUCUCUACUCAGACUGCUAUCAUGAAUGCUGCUUUCAGAACCAAUAGUUUAGAGGAUCCCCUCUCCAACACUACUGCUGGGCUUUUUGAGGACAAGACUCCCACAUCCAUGUGUUUUAGACCCCAGACGGACAUUUUACACCAAAACACAGUAGCAGACAACCAGACUCAGACUAUGAUACUCUUCCGAGACCUCGAGAACAUCCUUUCUGACCACUUGGGUGCGGCGGCUUCAGGGUGUGGUUCAAGUUUAGUAUCAAAUCAUGCUGGUAUAGACUUUGAUUUUGAGGAGUUCCUAAAUGCAACGCACAUUCAAACUCAAACAGAAGAAAGUGGAUCAAGCUGCCUAAACACAGAAACGACUUUGGAGCUCCUAGACAUUGAGACGCAGACUGACUUCCUGCUUUUUGGUGAUGGACACAACAGUAAUGUGGGAACAAGGGUGCACCCGAAUGAUCUGGAGCUUGAGAUGUUUGACACCCAGACCCAAACAGACCUUAACUUCCUACUAGAAUCGAGUGGGCACAUGCCCCUCAGCCGUAUUCUCAGACAAUCUAGUUUCAGCAUGAGCACAGAGUCCUCGGACACGGAGACACAGACUGACGUGAGGUCUGGCCCGUUGUCUCUGCCGUGCACCCAUGAUACACAGGUGAGACUUAGCAGCGCUAAAACGCAGACCAUCUCAACAUCGCUUCACAGUCUGGGACACCGCUUUCACAUUAGCAAUGAGACCCAGACAGCAGUGGAUGAUUUUCUAUCAGCAGAUUUGGCCUGGAACAUGGAGUCUCACUUUAGCUCGGUGGAAACCCAGACAUGUGAAGAGCUUCUUUCACUCUUAUCACAUGCUGAGAAAUCCAAAAACUAAAAGCUUCACCAAGGUGAUGGUUGUAAUUUGGGUAUGAUUAACGAAGGAUUUGUUUUCGUCAUCUCCCUCUGCAAGGGUGGCAGAGCUGUCAGAUGAUAAUUUAGCAUGCUUGUAAUCAUUUCUAAAUAAGGUAAUGCUGUAUAUAUCUAUGGAUGUCUCCAAGGAUGUGUGCAUAAGCCUUUGCAGCACUUUAUCGCCUCAGUGUCAUUAUUCUACAAUUCCAUUUGUUUCCAUUGGAUAAUAACAUAUGUAAUCUGUCCUAUAAGUAUUUUGUUUCUUCCAGUAGGAUAGUUGAAAUGUCGCGUUUUGGAGUUUGAUGCAAAAACGUUAUCUGUAAGAUAAAACAACAGCAGACUACAUUGUUAUUGUUUGUUUUCAUCCUUGGACUGUUUGCUUUUGUUGUAUAAAGCAAAUGUUUUUGUUUACUUGUACAAUUCUUUAGUCUAGAUCCACCUAGUUGCUUACACUGUGAAUGUGUUUUUUUGCAGACUGUUAUGGCACUAAGAACUAAGUAUCCUACAGUACAUCUUACAUCAGUUGUUUGCAUCUUAACUAAUGCACCCUUAUGCAUGUUUCAAGUUGCAUUUCCUUUAAAACGGCGCUGGGUAGUUCUCUUUUUUACUAUGAUUUGCAUUCUGUAUUGUACUGUACUGUACUGAGUAUUUGAUUCAAAUGGCAGAUGUUUACAUUUAAAAUCCCUUUAAUAUUAAAGUAUGGAUUUGUUUCAUAGAAUAUCUGUUAAGCCACUUAUAUGUAAUGCAUUUUCAGUAUUGCAUUAAGCGAUAUUCAGCUUUUUGUUGGUGCCUUAAGAUAAGUGUUCAGUAACGGAUAAAUAUAUGCUUUUGAUUGCAAUACCGAAAUACAGUUUUACUGUUGUUUAAUGAAAAACGAAAAUUGCUUUCUAUGUUAGAAUUUUUUGUGUAUAUUUAUUUUGUAAUGAUGUUUCAUCUGUGUAAGUAUGCCAAGUGUGAUGUAAAUGCACUAGCUACUUUACUACUCGUAGGAAGUACUGCACUAAAUAUCAAAGCCAGCUAUAGCCUCUUUUUUUAUUGUGUAUACAUAUAUUUAUGGUAUGCUAUUAUGCAGUAUUAUAGCUAAAAUGCCCCAUUCAUUUCUACUCUGGUGUUAAUGUAUAUGGAGGAUUUUACACAACAUAGAAUGUGAUGCAUUGUCUGUUUACUGUACGGCAUUGCUUUGGCUGCUUCGUAACAAAACUGCUAAAACCUUUAGUGUUUGCACGCAGCACUCAUAUUGGGGUACCAGAAUAAUUAAAGGACAUCUGGAGUAGAUCCUGCAUAAUAAUGUACUGCUGAACUGUCAUUUUAUUUAGGUAUGAUGUUUUUUUGGUAUUGAAAAUAUUGCUAUAAACAACACAUUCUGUAAAGAGCACACUCUGUGCCAAAAAUGUUGAUUUUUUGAUUUUUUUUUUGUUAAACUUGACAUGUGACAUUAUAAUUAAAUGGAGACUCCACUUGUUAUUUGAAUAUAUUCUAAUUUUUCAGCUCCCCUAGAGUUAAACAUUAGAUUUUUACCAUUUUGGAAUCCAUUCAGUGGAUCUCCGGGUCUGGUGCUAACACUUUUAGCAUAGCUUAGCAUAAUCAAUUAAAUCUGAUUAGACCAUUA